AUGUAUGAGGACCCUGCAUUCAAAGAUGCAUUUGAGGACAUACCGAACAGAUGCUCCAACAAAGCGCUGGCACUCUACAUGUCCCUGAAAGGAUUCCACAAGAAUCUGAGUAAAACUACCAUCGAGAGUAUCCGUUCGGCAUUUAAGAAGAUGUGGGAGCUAUCCAAUGGUGACACCUAUCGUGGCAAAUGGCACUUCGACAAGGCGAAACAGCGCUGGGAAGGAAACCCCACUGAUUCUGCAGACGUCUAUGAUGUGCUGUCGUCCAUCAAGCAUAAGGCAAGCGCAGAGGGUGGAGAUCGGACUCACUCGAUGGCGAUGAUGAAGGACUACAUGGAUUGGGCAUUUCAAUGGCACCAGGCUGCAUGUUCACUAGACAUUGCACUGCAGAUGAUCCAGAAGGUAAUGAACGGCGCUCGGCCUUCAGACAUCUGUCUGGACUUAGAAAUGAGGACGAAACUCACCCGCCAUCUCAAGCAAAUCGCGUUCGCGUUGAACGGAUGGACAUUAUGGACGAGGUGUUUUGAGCUCGUCAAAUUGCAAAGAAAGGACAUCUCACUUGAUACUACCGUUUUGGACGGUGUGCUCAAGACAUACCUUGCAAAUGAGACGCUAACAUUGAGUGAACGCACCUCAAAUUUCGAGAUAUUUCUUGCGAACCGGAAAGGAUGGCAAAAGAAGGUAGACAAAGGCCAAUGGGAAGCAGAUUUGAGAUCAAACCACUACAAGAUUUAUCCACGCCCUGAUGCACCGGCCUGCAAUAGUUUCUUCUGGACGAUGAUUUGGAUCAAGUGGCUCAAAACAUUUCAUUAUGGGCGCACCCUCCAGCCAAAUGACUUCCUCUUCCCUGCUAUGAGCGCAAAUGGUGUUGUGCACCCUGGACAGCCAAUAUCUCACGAUACUGUACAAAAAUGGAUCAAUGAGUCUACCACUGGCGUUGGCAUCCGUGGUAACUUCUCGACUCACUGUUUUCGUCAGGGAGGUGCACAAUAUUGGUUUAUGUUUGCUCCCGUAGGUCAACGAUGGACGCUUGCAAAGGUUCAUUGGUGGGGUGGAUGGGCUGAUGGCGAGCAUUGCGAUAUGCUCGUUCGAUACCUUCUCGACGAACUACAUACAUAUGAGACUGACUACAGCAAUGUCCUUGCCCCCAUCUCCUGUAGCACUGAUGCCUCCCUUGCUGGUGAACAUGCACUUACCAGACCAGCUUCCACAGAGGAGCUUCACAUGGUGCAUGCAUCUGUUGCAGCAGAUGUCAACGGCCUGCGCAAUGAUAUGCACUCCCUAACAAGUGUUGUCAUGCAGGCUGCCUGCAGCACAGCUAUUGCCCUCCAACACCUUGAUUCCAGCUACCGCUUCACCAACGUCCCUGAGUGUGUCUCCCGCACAACAACUCCUCUACCUCCACCUGUUGACACAGCCAAACAGCCACUCUCGCGCAGCCUUGUUGUCAGCCCAAUGCCUGCUGCAGCCCUGUCCACCUCCAGCACAUCACGACGGCCCCAAGUCCCUGCCACAACAUCCAUUUCGUGGCAGAAACUCCCUACACCUGGCCUCGUGAUCCCUUGGGUCCCAGUCGCUCGUCCCAAUGGCACUUCCAGCCCGAAGAACAAAUCCUGGAAGGAGAUUGUCGAGCACUGGUUAGUUGGGGAUCGGGACCAAGGACUCACAACACCGUUGAAAGAUUGGCUGAGGGAAUGGUACCAAGGCGCUAAUAGACGGUUCAUGUCGAAGUACCAUCAAAGGGUGACCAUCAUGCUAGAAUUUAUCAAUCAGUAUGAGUCAAACAAGGCGCGCUUCCUCGCAGCCUAUCCAGAGGCCAAGCUUGGGCACACCCAGCUCCUGAAGGCUGUGAAUAAGGCAUGCACUGCUCGAGGGGACCGCAUCUCUUGCAAUAAAUAA